AUGGCUGAUGAUACCACAGAUGUUUCUGUUUGCGAGCAACUAGCCAUUUGUAUUCGCUAUUUCGAUGAAGAUUUAAACGAAAUACAAGAAGACUUUCUAAUGUUUGUCGUAGUUAUUGAACUCACUGGUGAAAAUGAUACUCACCAUAUUUUGAAAGCGUUGGAGAACCUUAACCUGGACAUUACAUUGUGUCGGGGUCAAGCAUAUGAUGGAGGAUCCAACAUGGGCGGUAAAAUGAAAGGUAUUCAGACACGCAUAUCCAGCACUAAGCCUUUAGCCUUUUUUACCCACUGUGCAAGCCACCGACUCAACUUAGCUAUUAGUACAGCCUGCACCGUACCCAGUAUAAGAAAUGCUAUAGGAGUUAUAUCAAGUGUAGCAACUUCCUUUCGUGGCUCAGCUCAAUGA